AUGAGCAGCAAUAGCAGCAAUAAAGCGAGGGUGAUAAAGCUAGUGCUUAGAAAUUACUUGAGCAAUCCAGAGGAGAAACCAGCGUUGGCUGCGCUACAGCUACUUGAAUCGGAUGCUAGUGUAUUCAACCCGGAUGAGAGCAGCGAAAUGCUAACGCAGCUGAACACACGCAUAAACACACUCCAGCAAUCCCGCGAUCAAUUCGAAAGAUCGCUAGGUUUCCAACUGGCUGUGGUCUGGGCCAAUGCGCGGGUGUCCUCCCUCGACUGCAUCCGCCAAUACGGCAAGCAGUGGCUGGAGAAAGCUAUUGCAGUUGUGAACAGGGGGAACGAGGAGGCGGCGACGCUCAAGCACGCUCUCACCCUUACCACGCUCAUAUUCACCGCUGCGACGCGGCUUCCCGAGUUCGGCAGAGCUGUCACGCAGCCGCUGUCGGUCAAGUACGCACAAAGACUCGUCGAUCUCGUUAAACAACGCCGUGAUGUACAAAUAGACGCUAUGCACGCUGCUAGCGAUCAUCUCAUUACCCACCCAAGCAGCUUCAGACCUCAGUUGAACGCCCUCAAUGGCGUAGUGACGGAGUUGCUCGCACAUUCACCAGACUCCACCAACAAGAAGCUCGUCGACGCCGUCACUCGUCUCUUCUCCUCCUCGGCUCGCGCUGCCGGUAAAGCGAAUGUAUCGCCUACGCUCAAGAAGCUGAUAGAGAGCACGCUGACGAGCAUCGAUGAGGAUGUCGGCCAUCUGCAAGGCGAGACGUGGGCAUAUGCAAAGAGCAGCAAAGGAGAAAGUAUCAAUCUGGGCAAAAUCAGAGCAGUUACUGGUGAUUUACUAGUAGAUGCACCCUUCCUGACUAGACGUAUUGGUGUGUUAUUCUACGCGAUAUGCAGUGCGCUGACUGCGAAAUACGACACCUUUGUCAGUAUCCCCGUCGGGAAUAUUGUCAGUCUGUGUACUCGCAUUCUCCACCUCACACCGGCUACUAUAAAAGAAAACUCUUCGAAAGAGGAAGAGGUGCUGCGCAUUAGUAGUACAGUGCAGCUGACCAGCUUUGCCUGUGGACUGCUCUCCCAGUUAUCGACACUGGUGGGCGUCUCACUCGCACCGCACACCAGCACCAUUCUCAACGCUGUUGCUUUCCAUCUGUCUAGCGCAGAGGUGAAUGGCCAAAUCAAACACUCCCUCCUGAUGCUCUCAAGUUCACUGACUGCCACCGGAGCAGCGUCUAGUGUCGAUAAUGCACAUAUGACUCGCAUUGCUAAAUGUGCACUCGGCUCACUCGCUUUAGCUGCACCAGCCAAGCAGACAGCAGUGGGAGGGAGUAACACAAAAGCGUCAGGGAAAGCGUCAGGGAAAGGGAAGAAACGGAGUCGAGCACAGUUUGAAGUAGACGAAGCAUUUUCAGCUAGUGUGAGAAUGUCAGCGGUAGACGUGAAGAUAUUGCUCGCAUCUCUUGAGUUCAUCAAGAAGGCCUUACACACCGUACCUAGUUUAGAAACACUCGGUUUGAAAAUUGUCGUAGCCUUGGCGCUAGAUCAGGAAUGGAGGGGAGUGAUGCCGAGUGAAGCUGCGUCUCAGCGCGUUUGGAAGGCUGUCGUAGGAGUUAUUCAGAGUAAACGCGCUCUCACUUCGCCAAUGUCGAGCUGGAUUGUCCAAGUUACUGGCUCAAGUGAGCUGCUUGACGCUAUCAUUCAUCCCGUUGCUCCACCGCCAGUUGUUCACGCUGAUAUUGACGAUAAGCGUGUCAAUUUGAAGAAGGAAUUGGAGAAUAUCAAAUUGGCGUUGGGUGUUGUUGGCGGUGGUGAGCAAGGUGAGCAAGGUGAGGAUGAGGAUGAGGAUGAGGAUGAGGAUGAGGAUCAAGAUGAAGCCAUGGAGAAAGAAGAGCAAGAGGAGCAAGAUGAAAAAGAUGAAAAAGAAAAAGAGGAAGAAAAGAGCGUGUCUCAGCACAACCCAACUAGCACCGCCAGUGCGAAUGGACAGCUUGAUUUUGCAGUGGCAAAAGAUGAACCCAAGACGAUGGAGAAGAUAACAACAGCUCGACCACCGCCAAUUGAGUCGACCAAGUCAUUUAGCAAUCCGCUGCCAGUUAUGAAUAAGGAUAAGGAAGGGCAAGAAUCCAGCGAUGAGGAAAUGCCUGCUAUAUCCCUCGAUUAG